AUGCCAAUAGUGGCAUUAACGAAAUGGCUGAGCCAAGCCAGAGGCUCGUGCCCGCCCCUCUAUUACCAUCCACUUGAUCCAGGCAGCCACGAGAUCCGCCUUCUCACACCGCUCAAGGUCGACGCCAAGGACCGCGUGGAAUGCAAACUCGUGACAGUCCCCCUCCGUAGCUGCCCUCCCUUCGCGGCCCUGUGCGACAACAGCGAAAGGGGGCAUCAGGUGCAACUGACGAGGGAGAUCUUUUCCGGUGCCGAGGUGGUCAUGUGUUGGCUGCCGAGUGCGUCAACGCGCUUCUUCGAUGAAGUAUCCGAUGAUGACCGGAAGGAGUUUCACCUACGUACGGCAUUCGAAACAUUCGAGCUCAUCAGCAAAGAACUGCGCAUCGUUGAGGAGGAGGCUGGCAAAACGAUUCUGGAGACGGACCAUAGCGACGAGAGGCUUAUCAGCUGGUUGGAAAGGGUGGACCAAGUUGCGCGACGGCUCCGAGACUGGGGAGUGGCCGUACUGGUUGAACAGGAAGUGGAAGUCGCUCUGGCGCGGGACCCGCUGAUGUCCUGCAAGUCCAGCUCCUUGUCGUUCCGUGACACAUUCAGUCGCGCGAUGGCCUGGUUCGACAUUCUGGCGUAUGGCAAGCUCCCGGACCCCAGCUUCGCCUCGACCGCCCGGUGGAAUUCUUUCAUCAAUGCAGACGGGCCAAGUCAUGCAAUGUUCUUUGGCGAGGCCAAUGCCGACUUUGGUGUAUUCGCGGAUAAGGAUUCAAGCAUCACCUCUAUCCAGGGCUCUUCGCUCUUUGUGGACGGUGUUGUCAUCGACUCCGUUCAGGAAUUAUACACCAGUGUUCUCGAAUGCAAAGACCUCGCUCCGUUCUUGUCGGUGCUUCUCCGGCCCCCAGAAUGA